AUGUUCAAACUGAGAGAGAUUCAGAAACAGAAACAGUCAAAACCUGCUCCCAAUGCAGGUAGUAACACCAAUACACGUCUUCACAGGGACUUAAAAUCACUUGAGCUGCCACCGACGACGCAGCUGCACAUUGUGAGAGGCACUGAUGAUUCAAUACCAUUACUGCAACUCGCUGUAAAGCCCGAUGAAGGCUACUACAAAGGCGGUAAUUUCACAUUUGAACUGCUUUUCAACGAACAGUACCCCAUGGAACCGCCAAAGGUCAAAUGUUUGAAUCGUAUAUAUCAUCCGAACAUCGAUACCGACGGUAGGGUUUGUUUAAACAUUUUACGCCAGGACUGGACGCCUGCCUUAGACCUACAGAGUGUUAUAAUUGGUUUACUCUUUUUGUUUUUAGAGAUAAGCGGUGUUGAUCCACUGAAUAAACAAGCCGCCGAAACAUUCAACAGAAACCGCCAAAACUUUGCUCACGCGGUGAGACAGUCGAUGGGCGGCAAUACAAUAGACAACAUACAUUAUGACAAAGUAACGAAUUUUUAG